AUGGUCCAUGGCGAAACUAUUACUUCAAAGGAGACAGAGCAGCCAACCUUGACUAUGAGCGUCUCGGAACCGGCUGAGAAGGAGGAAGAUUUACUAGAAGAAGUUGAGGAAAGUGAAGAUAUGCAAAUGGAGGUGGAAGAAUGCAGUGAAGAUUUAAUUGAACGAUUAGACUUCGAUAGCGAUGCAUCAUUGUUAAACUCCAACAACAGUAAAAAUAAGGGCAACUUUUUUUCAUGUGAUAAAUGCAAUUACGUGACGCACAUAAAGGCUAGAUAUACGAAGCACGUCAAAUACCAUUCAAUGCCAAUGAUAAAGUGUAUCAUGUGUGAUUUUCGGACGCCAUACAAGUGGAACUUGGACCGUCAUAUGAAAAACCAUGGCGGAACAGGAAGUUUCAGUUGUUCAAUGUGUAAUUUUACGGCCGACAUUAGGCAAAGUUUGACUGUGCACGAAAUGAAUCACCACACGCCGACGGAAGGGCAGUCGACAUCGAGCCGGCGUCGCAACCGAGUGGGUGCCAGCGACUUGAGCCUAGCCGAGGAAAUGAUGAAUGGGACGGCGCUAGUCCCCAAGGAGGAAGAAGGGAGUGGCGACUCGCGGUCCUCGCACUCUGCCUCGGAAAUGGGUUUACAAUAUGCGGAAAGAGAUAUUGUUAGUUGUAACAGUGAUUCUAAUGACGCCAUUGCUUCUGAAGCAUCUCCCAGGAACGCACAGAAUUUUCAAUCUAUUAAUGCAGUAUCGGAAGAAUUAAAGUCACAAUCACAAUGCAGAAAGAUACCCAGACCAAUACCACAGCUCAUACCUUUAAAUUCAUCGACUCCAAACCAAAACAAAAAUUCGUCGGGUGAACCGCCUUCGAAAAAAUUUAAAGAAUCAUUUUCCAGUGAUUCUCCAGAAUCAAGUAAUUCAAAUAAAUUAGAUAAUUUACCAACAGAUGUCAUAUCCACAUCAAUGAUUAACAAUGUUCCCAAUAAUGCAAAAGACACAUCCGUACGCAAGAAAAACGAAUCAUUUUUUGAUAAAUUAAAAGAGAGGUUGUUGACAGAAACAGGUGAAAAAGGAUCUUUAAUAUGCAAAAAUUGCGGAUUCGAAAGCAAAUGCUUAUCUGAGCAUUCGGUACAUGAAAAAACUUGCACCACACAAUUAAGUCGAAUUCCAACAAAUACAGCGAUGUCAAGUUUAGGUUCAACAAGAUGUCAAAAUUGCAGGCAUAGAUGUAAAUCGAGCGCAGAUCUGUACAUACAUAUGAAAACUUGCAAGAAAAAUGAAAAUGGACCAAAACAAAUUCCAGUGGAAACGCAAAACCAAGAUAGCAAUGAAGCUGUGCACCCGAAUCCGGAGAAAGAUAGCGAGCCGCAUCCUAUGGAGAACGUAGUUUUCGUUUGGAAUAAUAUCAAUAGAGAAGCAAGUAAAUUCGACACGCCGCUCGACAUAAGUAUCAAUGAUGACUCUACGCUUCCAGAACCUCCUCAAAGUUACGACUCAGAAAUCGUAGACGAAAAUGAAGGUAUGAAUUUAUCACCAAGUCAAGCUGUUGGAAAGAAAGUUUUCAAAUGCCCACACUGUUUGUUUUGGGCAGCGACGGCAUCCAGAUUUCACGUACACAUUGUUGGGCAUUUAAAUAAGAAACCAUUUGAAUGUUCUUUAUGUAAAUAUAAAUCUAAUUGGAGAUGGGACAUAACGAAGCACAUAAAACUGAAGUCUGCGAGAGAUCCUGAUCACGCUGAAGCAAAAGUACUCAUGACAGAUGAAACUGGUAGACGGAAUUAUAGCAAAUACAAUAAAUUCUUAGCAAUGCCAGUGUUGAACGAAAAUGGUGAAAAUGAAUUUCAUUAUAUAGACCAGAAUACAACACUUGAUGCUUCUCUGGAAAUAGAUGAUUCAUACAAUGACAUUAAUGAAGGCUCAAUCCCAUCAAUGGAGAUGCAGCCCCUUAAUUUGCACGCACAACAUAGUGAACAUAAAUAUAAUAUUGACAACAGAAAUCAAGACUUAAAAAGACCAAAAAAGACAUUAUGGAAAUGUAAAAAAUGCAAUUACAGAGACUCGUCAAAAGAAGCUUUAUUAGAACAUGUCAGAGAACAUUCAAAACCAGAAUCUGGUUUGGACGACACAAAAUCUCAAAGUUCUAUGAACAAGAAAACUGAAAAUACACCAGAUCCUGCCGACUUAGCUUACCGUUGUGGUCACUGCAACCAACUGUCAAAUUGGAAGCAUGUUAUACAGAGACAUUGCAGACUGAAACACGAAGGAGUAAUAAAAGUCAUUACUACAGUUAAACCAAAAGUAGAGGGUUCAAGUUCAACAAACGAAACCACUGCUGAUUCUUGUACGAAGUGUCCAUUUAAAACUAACGACAGGACGAUGUUAAUCAUACACAUGCAGCAACACCAACCCUCGCCGCAAUCAAUAUUCAAAUGCUAUUUCUGUCCUUUCUUCGUUAAAGAUGAACAGGAAUUAGUUCAACAUCUCGUUCUACAUGGUAUAACUGACCCCGAAGAGUAUAUAGCAAAAGCAAUGGGUUGCAAGUCGCCAUUACCUGACCAGCAGGGAUCACUAUCAAACGCUUCAAAACGACACAAGUGCAUAGAAUGUCCUUACGAAACAAACAGUAAAUCUCAAUUCAUGUACCACGAGCAAUUUCAUCGUCUCCCUGCAGACACUCCUUACAAAUGUCCAGAGUGUAACUACAGCGUUUCAAAAAGACAUCUACUUCAUCAACAUAUGAGAGUUCACGGUAUAAUGCCGAAAAAAAAUGAAAUGGAAUCAGACUUUGAAGUUGCCGCAACGAAUUCUUACAAGACAGAAAAUAAAAUAGAUUUCAACCUUGAAGAAAUUCCUUAUGUAUGGGUUUCAGCAAAGAAUGAAUUUCAUAAAAUGUACAAAUGCCGUUAUUGUUCAUACGUUAAUACUCAAAAAUGUAAAAUACCCAAUCACGAGAAAAUUCACUGCAUUGUAUUUGGAAACAACGAAAUAUUAGUGUAUAAAUGUUUAGAUUGUAAAUUUACAUGCGACAAUGCUGGAAGAUUAGCUGAUCAUUCUAAAACACAUGGUGAAAUCUAUGGACGUAUUUAUUGUCCUGUUGAAGAUGAUAUUCCAGAUGAUGAACAGAUAGCAAAAUUACGAAAAGUAAUAGAAAGAGAGAAAUUAAGCGUGGCUCUGGAAUUUUCAAAAGAUGACAGUAUAGGGACUGAAAAUAAAGAAAUUAAAACGUUAUAUUUUUGUCAGAAAUGUCCAACACGUUACUUUACAGAGAGUGAAUUAAAAGUUCACGACAAAUUUCAUGAUCUCGCAUUUACACACAAAUGUAAAAGUUGUGAAUUUUCUGUUCUACAUGAAAGCGAAUUAGCUGCUCACUCAUUUGUUCACUCAGAUGAAUAUCAUACUAAAACUAAAAUGCUUAAAUUCAUUCACAACACGCAUCCAGCACACACUGAACCUCGUUUAGAAGUUGUUCAUUGCCCAGCUACUUCUGAAAUAACCUGGGUUGUAACCAAUCCCGGCACCAAUUAUGAAGUCAUAAAUACUCCACAUAGAAAAUUUAAUGAAGGAAAACACGUUCCAAAGCAAUAUCUAUGCAAAGAGUGUCCAGCAAAAUUCUUUAAGACCUCAGCCCUGAAUUAUCAUAUGGGACUACAUGGUGGUGAUGGUGAACACAAAUGUAAAAAAUGCAGUUAUGCUGUUAAAAAUAUUGGAAAUUUGGCCAAACAUGAAAUACUGCACGAAAAAGAAGGUAAAACAACUUGUGACUAUGAAUCCGGAGAGGACAUGGAUUACAAAAUUCCCUUAUCGGGAACUGACCUAUUUCAAAGAAAGACUGAAGCACAAAAAAGAGUCUUGAAUGACAAAGAUAAAUUAGUGAAACCUAACGAUCACUUUCCACCUGUACUUCAAGCGGAUCCUCAGUUCGGAUAUUUGAUGCAUGGUAACCCAGAGUUUAUAUACCCAACAUAUCUUAAAAAUGGACGUCAAAAAGAAAAACGUUAUAAAUGCCACAAAUGUCCAUCAGCCUUUGAAAAACGAGAGCAAUAUAAAAUUCACUUAUCACUACAUGGUUCUAAACAAAGAUAUAAGUGUGAACUUUGUGAUUAUUCUGUCAAAUAUUAUGCAAAUUAUGUUCAACAUAUGAGAAAACAUCAAAAGAAUGAUGAAGCUCAAGCUGAAAGACGGAAAGAAACCAAUGGCGUUCCAGAUACAGAAACAUCUGGAAACAAAGAAGAUGAAAAUACUGAUAAUAUUAAACUAGCUAUUAAAACUAUGCCGAGGGGAAUACCAAAAAGUGACUUUCAACAAUUUUCAAUCAGUGAUCAACAAACUUUGAGACUAUUACAACGCAGGAGUUCUUUAAAUAAUUCUGCAAAUGAUGCAAACCAAACCGAUAAUACACCUACAAAAGACCGAAAAUUACAUCCAUGUUUCUUGUGUCCAUAUACAAAUCAGCGCCAAGAUGCAUUGGGAAACCAUUACAGGAGACAUGAUAAAAAUGAUAUUUUUAACAAUGGAAACCAUAAAUGUUCCUUCUGUGACUUGUCUGUGGUUCAGGCACACUUCCUUCGAGAACAUUUGAAAACACAUUUUAAUUAUCAGAAAUCUCUUACACCUGAGUGUUAUGUGGCCAAUGAAGAUGUUAAAUUUACUAUUACAAAAUUGGAUGAUGAAAAUAAUACAAUUGAUCUCAAAUUAGAUAUGCAAAAUAAAACAGAUUUGUGCAAUGAUGAAAAAAUUUUUGUUAAAAUAAAAACAGGAGAAUUAUUGGUAGAAUAG